GUCUUUAACCAAUAGAAAUAUGAUUGAGCCCAUAAGAGCGGAAAAACAUUUGGUCGGCCGAAAUGGGUGGCGAUUCUAGCAGCAGUGGGGAAGAAGACGGCGACGCUGAGUGGAGAGCCGCCAUAAACUCCGUCUCGUCCACCGCUCCUUCUAACAAUGGAACCACCACCACCACCACCACCACCACUUCUUCCAAUCGAGAUAUUAAAUCCGUCAACAAGCCCCUCAAACACUACCAAAUCAAGGCACAAAAGCUAUUGGAUGACAUAUUAGAAAAAAGCUUACAUAUAGUACAAAUACAACCUACAAAAGUUGUUGAAAAUCAUUCUAAUGGAGAUUGUGGUGGCGUUCGACUCUUUCGAGAUGCUCCUCCUGGCAUUUUGUUUGAUCAAGUUGAUGAACUUCAAGGGCCAUUAAAGAGACCACGUAUUGUUCCUAAUACUGAGAUUGAUGAAAAAUCAAAAAAGUUUAAGCAGCAAGUAAAGUCGGUUGCUGUUGAUGGGAAUGAUAUAAUAGUUUCGGCCAAAAGAACACGCCAAAGGACUCUAGCUAAACAAGAAGCAAGAGAUGCAGCUGCAAAAGCCAAGGCCAAAAAAGAGGAAGAGAGAGUUGCUGAGUUGAAAAAGAUUCGAGGGGAAAGAUGGUUGCCUGCUAUUGCUAGACAAAUGUGUUCCAAGUAAACGUUUAACAUUUUUCCUGCUAGUUGUUUCAGUAAACAUUUUGUUUGAAGGCCUUACAGUUUUAGCAAAUGCGUAGGCUUGAAAUUCUGAUUUUUUUUUUCUGUAUGUUUUAUUAGAACGUAUCCUAGGUAUUUGAUUACUUGUGAGAUCAAGAGUUGUAUUUCUUUAGGCUAGAAAAGAGCCCCUUUAUGCAAAUUAUCUUUCUCCAUGAAAA